AUGUUUGAUUUCAUCCCCACAAUUAAAGUCAUCAACAAAGAAAACAAGGAUUCAACCAACCUCCUGAAAUGCCUCAAUGCACUGAGAGUUACUUUAAAUGGAACACUAAAACUUUGGAGUCAACUGCAGAAAGAAUCAGUUAAGUUUUUAUUGACAAGAGGACUAAAUCAGGAUCCUCUUGAGAAUUUUUUUGGGUCCAUACGUCAGCAGGGAGGAAAUGCCGAUAAUCCAACCCCAAUCCAAUUUUGUUGGGCUUUUCGAAAGUUGUUUUACAACCACUUCUUGGAGCAGUCAUCCGGAAACUGUGCGGAAGACGUUGACAAAAUCUUGGUGCAACUUCAUCUUCCUCCAAGGAAUAACUCAUCAAAAGAAAAUCAACCCCUGGCUCAAGAUCAACCCUUUGUGGUAGACGAGUCCGACUAUCGUGAUUUUGCAAUUGAUCCAGAUCAGAGUAAUUCUGGUGCCAAUGCCAUCACCUAUGUAACUGGUUACAUGAUUACCAAGUGUUUUCAAAAACAUAAAUGUGACACGUGUGUUUCAAACCUUGUCAAUGAUGAACUUGAUAAUGGUAAUAAACUCUUUUGUUAUUUCAAAGGAUAUGAUUCGAGAAAAACAUUUGGUGGCCUUACUGUUCCAACAGAUAAGUUCACUCAAUACAUCACAGCAGUUGAAGAGAAGAUUGUUCAGUUAUCUCCAACAGUCAUAAAGAAGAAAGGUGUUGCACAAGAUUUGCUUUCACAGCUUCCUCUCUUCACAGUUCCAUGUCCUGAUUUUCCUGGUGAGUUUGUUCUAAGACUUUUCUUGAGAAUGAGAAUUUACUACAUUUUGAAGUUUGGAAACAGAGAACUAUCAUCUCCGAAGAUUAAAAACAGAAAAUAUUUUAAAGUUCAAAAUUUGUAA